CGCGGCGGCGGCGGCGGCGGCGACGUGAGCGCGCAGGGGGGCGGCGGCCUCGCCUCGUCUGUGUCUCGGCGCCGGGCUCGGGUGGGUGACGCGCAGUGCCGGGACGAUGUCGGAUUUUGACAGCAACCCGUUUGCCGAUCCAGAUCUCAAUAAUCCGUUCAAGGACCCAUCUGUUACACAGGUGACAAGAAAUGUGCCACCAGGACUUGAUGAAUAUAAUCCUUUCUCAGAUUCUAGAACGCCUCCACCAGGCAGUGUAAAAAUGCCUAAUGUACCCAACACCCAGCCAGCAAUAAUGAAGCCAACAGAGGAACAUCCAGCUUACCCACAGAUCACAAAGGAACAUGCCUUGGCUCAAGCUGAACUUCUCAAGCGCCAAGAAGAGCUCGAGAGAAAGGCCGCAGAGUUAGACCGCCGAGAACGGGAGAUGCAGAGCCUGAGUCAGCAUGGGAGAAAAAAUAAUUGGCCACCUCUUCCUAGCAAUUUUCCUGUGGGACCUUGUUUCUACCAAGAUUUUUCUGUAGACAUUCCUGUAGAAUUCCAAAAGACAGUAAAACUUAUGUACUACUUAUGGAUGUUCCACGCUGUAACUUUGUUUCUAAACAUCUUCGGGUGCCUGGCUUGGUUCUGUGUUGAUGCUUCAAGAGCAGUGGACUUUGGACUGAGCAUCCUGUGGUUCUUGCUUUUUACGCCCUGCUCAUUUGUCUGUUGGUACAGACCGCUCUAUGGAGCUUUCAGGAGUGACAGCUCCUUCAGGUUCUUUGUGUUCUUCUUCGUGUAUAUUUGUCAGUUCGCCGUGCAUGUGCUCCAGGCCGCAGGCUUUCAUAACUGGGGAAACUGUGGUUGGAUUUCAUCCCUUACUGGUCUCAAUAAGAACAUCCCGGUUGGAAUCAUGAUGAUAAUGAUCGCGGCACUUUUCACAGCAUCAGCAGUUAUCUCACUCGUCAUGUUUAAAAAAGUACAUGGACUGUAUCGCACAACAGGUGCUAGCUUUGAAAAGGCCCAGCAAGAGUUUGCAACAGGAGUGAUGUCCAACAAAACUGUCCAGACUGCGGCUGCAAAUGCAGCUUCAACUGCAGCAACCAGUGCGGCGCAGAAUGCCUUCAAGGGUAACCAGAUAUAGAGGGCCUUGCAACAGUGCACUGUUACUUUCGACUGUAUUUUUUUCUCCAGUUACUGUAUUCUACAGAUAUUUUUAUGUUGGAAACACACAAUACACACAGCAUGGGUAUUUCCUAUUCACAUGUGCAUGGUCUAAAACCAUUACUUUACCUAAUAGUUUCUUAAUAUGUCCAUGCCCUUCACAGAAGAAAACUACCAUCUGCUAAAUAAAUAUUCUCCAUAUUUUUGGGGGAUGGUGUUCCUCAGAUUAUUUCAGUGGUGACACACUGAAAUGAGUAUAUGACUAAGAUUUAAAAACACUCGAUACUAAUCACAGCGCUUCUUCCAGGAGUCAGUACAGCUAAGGGUUGUACAUUGGAAAUGAAACUGUUUCUUUUCUUUCUCUGUUAAUAUUGCAGGAACGAGGCCAGAAAGACUUGGGUGUUUUUAGAUUGGCUUGCUUUCUAGGAGGCUCAGUCACCAGUGAAGAGCCUCUGUGCUUUGUAGUAGAUAAUGUAUAUUUUACCUUCUUUUAUUUUAUUUUUAGACUAGUUGAUAUUUUGAUAACAAUCUCUGACCUUGCAUGGGUACCAAGUCUCUUAAGUGAAACGAAUUAGUAUUUUGGGUUCCUGUACUGCUUAUAGUGGUAGGAUCUGGGGCUCUUUAUAGAAUCAGAAAUGAUUUUCUGUAAUAGUUUCUUUUAAGUAAAAUUUACUGGAGUAUAAAUACUUUAAUAUAAUGUGCAAAAGAGAAGGUAGUGAAUUGAUGCAAUAGAAUAUAGUGAUAAUUCCUCCCCCACUUCUUAAUUUCAGUAUUCAUAUAGUAAAAUUUUACUGUAUGAAAACUUUGGUAUAUUCUUCUGGCUAAUCUUUUUAAUUGAACUGGGAUUGUAUUUUGCAGCUCUGUGUGUGUGUGUGUGUGUGAGAGAGAGAGAGAGAGAGAGAGAGAAAGAGAGGGAGAGAGAGGGGGAGGGAGGGAGAGAGAGAGGGAGGGGGGAGACAGAGACAGAGAGGGAGGGAGAUUUUGGCACAGGUAUUAAAGGCUAGCCUACCCCUUGAAUAAAAAGAACAUACAGUAUUUAAGGGAUUUUUCUUUUAGCCUCUUACUUUUAGUUGCAUUAAAAAUAAAAGACCCUAGCAUUCUAAUAUACUUGAUUUCUUAAUGUACCUGUCUUUUACUUUUUGAGACAGACUAAAUACAUAUAAGAUAUCACACCAAGCAAGAAAGUACAAGUACAGUUAAAUGUGUUAACUAUUAAUAUAAUCAUAUUGACAUUGUUACUUUGCAGCACAGGUUGAUGUGAGUUCAAACUUUUAAUCAUUUUUAAUAAUAAUUAAAUGUCUCAAGAACAUUUGUAAGUCAGACUGUUUUAUUUUGAAAGUCUUACUAGUUUUAGAUUGCAGAAUGAUAUGUUGUGAUUUAUCCAAGCUGAUUUUAAGCAAGGAUGGUUGCUAAGACAGGAAAACUUUAAAAUGGUCUUAAAUGGUUGAGACACUUUAGUCUUUUCCCUAAAUCUGGAGUCGGGGAAUUUGGUACUGGACUGGGCACAGUUCUUGGUCUUCAUGUAGAAGAUCGGUGGGAUACUGGAUCACAUGUUCGCCCACACGGGCUGUGUUAGAUUUGCUUGGGAAUUCACUGAGUAAUGAAGAUAAUUCUUUUAUUUAGAAGAAAGUAAGAUUCAGGAAAUGAAUUUGAAGUUGUAUUUAUGAACACUUCUGAUUACUGAUAAUCUCCUCUUCAUUUUCACCCAGCUCAGUGGCAGUUGAGAGCCUGAGGCCUCAGUGAGACCUGGCUAUGGUCGUGCUCCAUUGAGUAUGGAUUUUAUAGACACUGAAGUCACCAAGACUAUAAAAGUACACAUAUAGACCAAGUACUUAUAUUCCAAAUCCAUGCUUGUUUGUCUCUGAAGUACAAAUGAAAGAUACACCAGAGAUUUAAAAAAUACUUUCCUUCAAAAAUGGGAAUAUUCCUCUCCAUUAUGUAGAGGUCCUCAGAAUAGCAUUAUUAAAUGGCGAAGAAUAGUUAUAGCACAUUAUGUUUUUAUGUAUGAACAGGAAAAUGUGGUUGCUCAAUCUAGUUGUUUGGGUUCAUACAAGUUUGAAAGAGAUUAUGUUUGAAAACACAAAGGGAGCAUUAAAAUGAUGGUAGUGUCUGCGGCUGGGCCAGGUGUGAAAACAUCUUGAAAUUGCAGGUUUACCAUUCUCUCAACAGUUGGUCAAUAGUGCAUUUUCAUUUGGUGAAAGAUGACUAGUCUUUCCUACUUAAUACCAACGUCACCUGGUGCCACAGCCAUGAAAUGAGCUUCAUGUAGAACAGGCAUCCAUGUCACUUUUCAGUUUUCGAUAUUAAAUGGUGGCUAUUUUAUUUAAAUAUAGGGUCUGAACACUGGAAAAUAAUUGCUUGGUGAUUUGUGAUUAGGGGCUUAGUUUAUUUCUCUAGGGAUGUUUGCAUAUUUUGUUGGUGCGUAAUACUGCACUGCCCUAUGGCAACUGUCACGGUUCUGUGUAAAUGCCCUCCAUUUGUCCCUCUCAUGUUGCAUGUUUUCAGUGGUUUGGAAGUUUUGUAUAUUUAUUGUAUUAAUGCAGAGUGUCAUAAAAUAAAAUAAUGUUUACUGGA